CCAUCAUCAUGGACGGCUUGGACCUGCACUGCGAAGAAUAUAACACGGCCAAAAAUGACCGGAAGAUGGCGAGCCACCCGCACAAAGGCCGCCGCUGUCAACUGAAACGUCACUCUCCCACGCGCUUCAGCGAAACAGCAUAGGUCUCCAUUUCUCCGAGGCGGGAUAGAUAGCAGCUCCCAUCGCCCCGGACGUCGCUGACCAGGUGACAACGAUAAUGGCCGCAGACGCAGCAGCUCCCCUGAUGGGUGUCCAGGGAGGGUCUACAGUUCCCGGUGUCGCGAUAAGCUGGCUGCCGCCCAUCUCAAGUUUCUCAGAAGAAUGGGCCAAGGAUCCAAGAGCAGUAUGGAGCAGUUUUGCCAUGAUCCUAGUUUCUGAGAUCGGAGACAAGACGUUUCUCAUCGCCGCCAUUUUGGCAAUGCGGCAGUACAGCUUCACUGUCUUUUUGGGGGCUUUCUCGGCACUGGCGCUAAUGUCCGUCCUUUCGGCCAUGCUCGGCGUUGUCUUCCCGACGUUGUUGCCCAAGACGCUCACAACUUUUUUGGCAUCGGCUCUCUUUUUCCUGUUUGGUGCCAAGAUGCUCUUGGAGGCCUUGAAGAUGGAAGGCGACGAGAUGAAUGAAGAGUGGCAGGAGGCGGCGAAAGAGAUUGAUGGCGAGGGUGAUGACGUGUACGCAAUGGAACGGCUGGAGGAUGCCUUAGACGAUGAAGAAACCAAGGAUUCAAGAAUUGAGAUACCCAUGACCGUGCACGGCAAUGUUGGCAGCAUGCGAUCAAGUAUACACCAGCGAGGGUCAUCCGUCCACGCGUCUCGAUCAGGGUCGCCCAGCCGUCCGCGGCAAUCGCGCCUGUCAGAACAAGGUAGUCUACGAGAAGGGGCGCGCAAUCUCCUUUCGCUGUGUUUUAGUCGGACAUUUGCGCAGGCAUUCGUCCUAACUUUUCUCGGAGAGUGGGGGGAUCGGAGCCAGAUUGCGACGAUUGCGCUGGCGGCUGCUCACAAUGUCGCGCUCGUUAGCUUUGGCACAAUUGCAGGUCAUGCCAUUUGCACCUGCGCGGCAGUUACCGCCGGAAGCUGGCUGGCAUCGCAUAUUUCUGUCAAGCACGUUACACUCGGAGGUGCAGCGCUCUUCAUUCUCUUCGGCAUCAUCUACCUGUAUGAAUCCUUCCUGCAAAUACAGGACCCCAAUCCGGCGCUCGCACCGUCGACGAUGCUGAACAGGAGCAACACAUCGUUGGCGGCUUAAGCACGGCGGUCAUGAGAAUCCGG